AUGGACUUUAAGCAGUUGUGUUAUGAGCACGUUGUAUACCGACUUAAAGGUGAAACUUGGGCGUACGCAUUCACACAGUAAGUUGACAUAAAAGUAAGGUUGGAUUAGGGUAUAUAGGAUAGGGUAGAUAAGUGUAAUAGGGUAAGGUAGGGCGUGUUAUAAUAGGGUAGAGUAAAGUAGAUAGGUAAAGUAGAGUAGUGUAGGCUAAGGUGUGGUAUAUGUAUAUAUUUCAACUUUGUAUUAAUAUACAUUUUAGCUUUGGAGAUCGUGCGUACAAUUCAGGCUGUUGUUGUAAAUACAACUACUUAAGAGAUGCUAUAUGUUGUCCAUUUACUGGAAGAAUAGCAAUACGACUUAUUGGCGGUUGUGUGGUUUUGCUUACUAAUAUUGAUUUCAGCCUUAAUGAGGUUACUGUUCUUGACUUUACGGCAAUUACAAUGACUAUCAUGGAUGUUAAAUUAAUUAACCGAGGCAACGAGCUUCUGGUUAAAACACAUGCUUUGUAAGGGUCGAACUAUCCUGCCGACGACAUUUAUUUUUCUUUGAAACUUCCACCAUCAAGUAACUAAAGGUCACUGAUUAACAUAACAGAAAUAUUUUUUGCAAAAAAACAGUAUCUUUUCGUAUUUCCAGAACCAGAGGCGCUAGAGAGAUAGGAUCUUCACUAAAAUGGGUGUCAUAUCAAAUAACGAAUUAUUGCUAAUUAGACCUAGUUUCUAAAUCGUCUUCGAGUAUUUUUACAAUUUAGUUUUGUGUGCAAAAUUACAGUAAUCUUCAAUUUUUGCAAAAAAAGUGCACCUAAAUAGUACAUCCGGUUUGUUUUAAAGUUAAAAUAAAAAAAAUUAAAGAAAAUUAAGUAUACAUUAUUAAUUUUAUAAAAAUUAUCAAAUUAUUUUUAAUUAGUUUUAUUUUAACUUUAAAAAUUAUAAAAUAAAUAUAUUGAUAUUAUAUUUUUAAGAUUUAAAGUCAUUUUUAGAAGUUUUGAAAAAACAUUUGUCGUGGUGCAAAUCUUAAAACGCAUAGUUGCACAGGGUAGUCCCAUUUUAACUGGACACGGUUAGGUGCGUUGGAACCGAAAAAUAUUCUAGUUCAAUCAGCUUGAAUAAGACCGGGUGUAACAGGUGUAUUUUUUGCAAAAAUUGAGGAUUACUGUAUUUUUGUAAAUUUUAAAAAUACUUGCAGACAAUUUAGAAACUAUGUGUAAUUAGCAAUUAUUGAUUAUUUGAUAUGAAACCUAAUUCAGUGAAGACCCUAUCUCUCUAGCACCUCUAGUUCUAGAGGUACGAAAAGUUAGGUGGCGUUACGGUAUACCCGUAUACUGUUUUAUUGCAAAAAAUAUUGCUGCCAUGUUAAUCAGUGACCUUUAGUUACUUGAUUGUGUAAGUUUCAUAAAAAAAAUUUUGUUAUCGACGGUAGUUCGACUCUUACAAAAAAUGUGUUUUAAAUGUAGAGGGUUUGCAUUAAUAUAUGAUAUUGGUACUAUGGAGGUCAAAUAUAAAAUAUUUUCCGACGCGUUCCAUCAGUGCUAUGCUAUCAAAACUGAUUGUGUUGUUGAUUAUUUUACAAGAAAACAGUUCCAAAUUAAGGUUGAGGAUACAUUUGUGGAUAUUUACUACGUUAACAGUUAUGACCACUGUAAGUAUGUUGCAGUACCUUCAAUAGACGAUAAACUUGUUGUAUUUAAUACCGAAUCAGGUGAAAGACAUGACGUAUGUGAUUGGAGGCAUAACAUGUUCGUGUACCUUAUCAGCGAAAACGGUUCUGUAGUCAUUACGAGUAAAAGUAAGUAUGAAUAAUUGACAGUGGCCGAUAUUGAGGCAGAAGAGGGGAGACGUUCAUAUUAGAUCUGAAAAGGGGGAUCACAAAACUCCGCUAGCCUGAGUCGGGCCGAACAAGAAGGCUAGGCCAUAUGUUUAACUAAGGGUUCCACUGUAGUAUGUAUAUAUGAAUAAGGUCAAGUAAAAUUAAUAUCUAAAUUUAGUAAUGACGCUGGAUGUCAAAUAUACUGUCUCAAAAGACGAGCGUUUGUGUUGAAUGAACUAAACGAUGAGAAAUGGUUUUUGUUUAAUUCUAACACUCUGUUCAGGCCGGCCAAUACGUCGGUAAGAAUUUUAUUUUUUUUAAAAUAAAUUUUCAAAUUUUAAUUGACUUUUUUCACUUUCAGUUUUUGGUCUACAACAAGAAGAUAAAGAAUUGGAAGGAAAUAAAGCCUAACUUAAGCCUGCGAAAGGAACAGAGAUGUGAGUGUCAUUUGACUGCAGACUUUGUACCAAUGCCAUCUUACAAAAUCAUGGAAUCGUUUCCAAAUGACAUUGCCAAACAUGCUUUAAUACGAUUUAAACAAGGCAAGUUUUUAAUUUCUUACCAUACUCUAAUUAAACUAACCUAACCCUAUUCUACUCUACCUUGCUCUACCCAACCCUGUUUUACUUUGUCCCACCCUUCUUUACUCUGCCUGCCUUACUCUACUUAAAUUUUAGGUGGUCCCCAAACAAAAACCUUUGAUCGUGAAGUCGAAAUUAUCUCUGAAAACCAUUACCAUUUGCUACGACAUAAAGAUGAGAAGCAUCCAAUUUCUGAAUACCGACGAAUGGAAUGGCCUAUGUCAAACGAAAAAUCACAAGAAUUUGCGAAGUGGUAUGAACAGGUGUACAUGGCGGAACCAAAUAUCAAAUUAAUUAACGUAAAAAAAGCACUAGACUGUGAACAUAUUUAA